UUUAUCAAUAAGACUCUUGAGAGUCUUUUAAGGAAGCAUGGGGUAAGGCACAAGGUGGCCACACCUUAUCAUCCGCAGACUAGUGGUCAAGUGGAGGUCUCUAACCGACAGAUAAAGGCUAUUUUAGAAAGAACCGUGAGCUCAUCUAGGAAGGAUUGGAGCAAGAAACUUGAUGAUGCUUUGUGGGCUUACAGAACCGCGUACAAGACCCCCAUUGGAACCUCACCGUUUAACUUGCUCUAUGGGAAAAGCUGUCAUCUACCGGUUGAGUUGGAAUACAAAGCAUUGUGGGCAGUGAAACUUCUUAACUUUGACAUCAAGACUGCACAAGAGAAGAGGGUUUUACAACUUCAUGAGCUUGAGGAAAUCAGGUUAGAUGCUUUUGAGAGCUCUAAGAUCUACAAGGAAAGAACCAAGGCGCUUCAUGACAAGAAGAUACACAAGAGAGAGUUCAAAGAAGGAGACCAAGUUCUGCUAUUUAACUCGAAACUCAAGCUAUUCCCUGGGAAGUUGAGAUCCAGAUGGUCCGGUCCAUUCAAAAUUCUUGAAGUAAGACCUUAUGGAGCGGUUGUUCUAAAAGGAAAAGAUGGACAAGGCUUUGUGGUAAACGGUCAGAGGGUAAAGCACUACCUGGCAUCAAUGACCGACGACCGAGCUGUUCCCACUCAUGAGACGAACAAAAACGAGGUCCAGAGGAGGAGUACAAAAGGGAAAGUCGUGGCCGUGGCACGCAAUGGUGGAACAAGCAAGAAACCCUCCGUGAGAUCCGAUGGUGAGCCAGCCGCUAAGCGAGCAAGGAACGCCGAGCUUACUCUGGUUCCAACCCUUGAACCAAGAAGGAAUGGGAAGCAGGCAGCCACUGAGAACGAUGGAGAUGAGCUGAGAGCCAUAGUUCCCCAUACACGACUAAAGAACCUGGCCGUGGCAAAGAAAAUGGUGCACAACUUUGAUUCGGGGUUUGACACGAGGGAAUUGCCACGGGAAGAAACCAGGCCGUGGCAAAACAAAGGUGGAACGAGCAACAUUCGGAGAUUGCCUCGGUUUAGUUGCCACGGGAGAGGACCAGACCAUGGCAAAGCAAGAGGAAGGGAUGCAGAUGCUCGGAGAAUGACACGGUCUAGAGGACACAGGCUAAAGGGUUGGCCGUGGCAAGGAAUAAGAAGGUUUGACCGAGGUUUGACAUUGCCACGGUCAAGUUGCCACGGCCACACCAAGACCGCGACAAAGAAGAGACACAAACACAUUCUUGACACAGUCACGUGA